GGCAACUAUAGCUGUAUUUGUGGUUAAGCUGUAGAAUACUUCGUCUGCUGUUAUUAUUUUGUUGCGGAUUCUCUAUGGCGGCACUGUCUGGGGUGGAGAAUUCUGCUGGGGUUGUGUUAAGGCGGGCUGUGGAAUUGGACGGAAAGGGACGGUACCAGGAGAGCCUUGUUUGUUACCAAGAGGGAAUCGAGCUGCUGCUGCAGGUGUUGAAGGGCACAAAAGAUGAUGCCAAGAAAACACAUUAUAGACAAAAGUUGAGCAGCUAUAUGGAUCGAGCUGAAGAAAUAAAACAGCAUGUGCUCAAAGAGAAAGAAGAGGGGAAAUACCACAAACAAAUCAAAAUUGUAGAAAAUGCAACAGGUUACAGCUAUGAAAAUCUUUUCAAACCUUACGUGAAUGAAACAUUAACUGAAGUGUGGGUGGAAGAUCCUUACAUCCGUUAUGUGCAUCAGUUAUACAACUUUUUACGGUUCUGUGAGAUGCUUAUAAAGGGACCUUCAAAAGUAAAGAAAAUCAACUUACUGACCUCUAUGGAUGAAGAUAAUGGAAAAGCCCAACAAGCCAGCGGCCUUCAAGAAAUCAAGAGUUCACUGCAGGAUUAUGGUGUAAUACUUGAGGUCACAUUUUCAUCUUCUAUUCAUGACCGGGAAAUAAGGUUCAACAAUGGCUGGAUGAUCAAGAUUGGACGAGGUCUAGACUACUUCAAAAAACCUCAGGGUCGUUUUUCUAUAGGCUACUGUGAUUUUGACUUGCGGCCAUGCUAUGAAACAUCUGUGGACAUUUUCCAUAACAAUCACACUCACAAAACAUGAUGGAACCACACACAAAGACCAAUUUUAUGUCAAAUGUAUAGAGAAUUAUUUAUUUCUAUUUGUUACCAAUAUCUGAUCUAGCCCAGAAAUGUCUAUUUUUAACAGAUUAAUGAAUAUUUUUGAGAGUUUUGGACCAUAACCAGGAAUCUGUUGCACUGGAAAUUUGCAUGUAUAUAAAACCCUUUUUUUAGACUUAUGUUUAUGACUGAUAUCAAAAGUGACCAUAACAACUACAUGCACUUAUUUUAUAUCAUGGACUAUCAAACUAGUUAAUCCGUUCUUGUUGUGCACGCCACAGUAAUACCGUUUUGGUGUAGUCUGUUAUUCAAUUCUGUUGUCCUGUGUGAUCACCUGUUUAUAAAACUAAGGAAUCACACCUUGAUAACUUGUUACAGUAUUUACUUUUUAAUUGUCGACAUACAAAAUGUAUUUGUAACCAAUGUUUUUGUUUUUUAAUCUUUUAAAAAAACACUGCUUUUAAGAAUCCAACAAUAAAAAAAUGUUUGUCAGGA